AUGACUACCCAAUCAUUGCGAGUCGACGGGUUCAUUGGUACACUAAGGAUAAAAGACCCUCUUUUCCUGGUGAAGGGCAAUGACUCGAUUUAUGGUAGAUUGGACAUUGGCGUCAUCGGCAAAGGGGCAGAUGGGGACUACGGGAUUCGAGUGGACCAUCUCUCGGACGUCUCCAUUAUCCCCGAGUUUGAUGACCUGGUUUCCUUAUCCUGGAGGAAACGUGUCACGCAGGCUGAUGAGGACGCCUCUUCCCAAAAGGCGAAGGAGAGUGAGCCUUUUGAUCAGGGUGAUCAUUGUUCGACAAUACAAUAG